CCCCGAAUCAACAUCCAGAUGCCACCUACCGGGCCGGGUCUUACUUCGUUUGAGACUCGUGUGGUUGGAGGUGACGAAGCGCCGAAAGGAAGAUACCCAUAUAUGCUUUCCCUUCAAACGUGGAGCUUUUUUUUCUUUGAGCAUUUCUGCGGCGGAUCCAUCCUGAACGAACAAUGGGGUAUAACAGCAGCACAUUGUGCUGACGCAUAUCCCGCAAGCAAUGUUAUCGCUAAGGCUGGAAAAUUCAAUCUUAAACUUACGGAGGCAACCGAACAGUUAACAAAAGUGUCAAAAUGGAUCAUACAUGAGAAAUAUAAAGGUGGUGUUGGCCCAAAUGACAUUGCUCUGAUUAAGUUCACUACUCUGUUGAAGCUUAACGUGAACGUACAACCUAUCGUGUUACCUCAACCAAACAGUGAACCAACUGGACAGGCAUGGCUUAGUGGAUGGGGCUCUACUUCGACUACUAAUAAUCCAAUAAUGCCAUCUAUACUUCAACAUGCUCUGAUGACUAUCAUCGAUCGCAAACUUUGCGACGCAACCGUCACUAACAUGACAGGUUCUCCUUCUCCUGUUGAUGACACCAAUAUCUGCACUGCGCCAAAGUCGAGCAAACCAAAUUCUGCAUGCAGCGGUGAUUCUGGUGGUCCACUAGCUAUCUUUACAGGAGGAAAACCGGUUCUUAUUGGACUUGUAUCUUGGGGUCUUAUACCUUGUAAAGACGCGCCAUCCGUAUACACCAAGACAUCUUAUUUCAAUAAAUGGAUCGAGCAAAAAAUCAGUAAUUAUUAAUGACAGUAAUAUUGAUGAUGUAUCAAAUAUGUACUGAAUGACGAAUUAUUCGACAAAAAAUAAACA